UAGUUCAGUUAACUAUAGGAAAACUGUAUCCCUCUCCUUUUCAAUUAUUUCUGAAACGUGACCCUGUUCUGGCUGGAUGCGGCGUUGCCCACCAUGAUCUUGUUGGCAAAGGAGAUCUCCAACGAAAACUCACAGUAAUCCUACGGUGACCCAAUCGCUGCCCACCGUUGUAGUCGAAAGAGAGCUUCAACGAAAACCCACGGUGACUCUGCCCUAGCCCUACCGUGACGCGCGGCCGCUGCCACCGUGACUCUGUCGACAAAUGAGAGUUCCAACGGUGACCCUGCUCUGACCCUUGUCGUUGUUGAUGUAUCGAAUGUUGAGGGGCCUGUCUUGUUCACUGCCAUACCGACAGUCGAGAUCUUGCAAUUGUUCAAGUGCUGUAACAACAAUUGUUCAAGUGCUGUAAUUGCACUGCUGUUGUUGCUGAUUUUUCAAGUGCUGAUUUUGCAAUUAUUUAAUCGCAGGAUUAUUAUUGGAUACGAGACCAUAAUGACUCAGAUCGACUUCAUCCCGGCAUUUUUAUAUAAUAAGCCCAGAUUUUGAGCAAUGAAAAAUGUUGGAGUGAAGGUGCUUUAACGAAGUUGAAUCCUUCCCGGUGCUGGAAUUUAUAUGACAUUGUCCCAUAUGGCUUUUCAGUCAUUUUUUUCAAAGUAUAAAACCUUACCCUCUUUCUUUUGCACCCUUGUCCAACACAAAUCCAAUUACCACAUUCAUUCUUUCCCAAACCCUCAAGUCUUAGGGCCAUCAUUACCAGACCUUGUCAAUGAGAUAUCCCGUGUACUCAGUGACCAUCGAUACCCUCACCAUGAUUUAGAACUCUCUCUCAAGCCAUUUUCUCCACAAAUAUCCACUAAUUUGGUCGAACAGGUCUUGAAAAGGUGCAAGAAUCUUGGCUUCUCAGCCCAUAGAUUCUUUCUUUGGGCUAAAUCAAUUCCAGGUUUUCAGCACAAUGAUGUGAGCUUCCACAUUUUGGUGGAGAUAUUAGGAAGUUGCAAACAGUUUGCCAUACUAUGGGAUUUUCUCAUAGAAAUGAGAGACUCUCGUUCAUAUGUAAUCAACGGUGAGAUUUUCUGGCUCAUCUUCAAGGCAUAUAGCCGGGCUAAUUUACCAGAUGGUGCAAUUCGGUCUUUCAAUAGAAUGGAUGAGUUUGGAGUUAUGCCAACUGUUCAUGAUUUGGAUAAGUUGUUGUACUUUUUAUGCAAAAGGAAGCAUCUCCAGCAGGCUCAACAAUUUUUUGACAAAGCUAAGAAUCGUUUCUCUUUAUCUGCUAAAACUUACAGCAUUUUGUUAAGUGGAUGGGGUGAGAUUGGUGAUUCAGAUAAAGCCCGCGAACUGUUUGAAGCAAUGCUUGAACAAGGAUGUCCAGUGGAUUUGCUUGCGUAUAACAAUUUGUUGGGCGCUCUUUGCAAAGGUGGUUGUGUGGAUGAAGCUAAGAAUGUUUUUCACGAUAUGUUGUCAAAAAGAGUUGAGCCAGAUGCUUUUACUUAUUCAAUAUUUAUUCAUUCGUAUUGCAGUGCAAAUGAUGUGCAAUCAGCUUUCAGGGUUCUUGAUAAAAUGAGAAGGUACAACCUUUUGCCUAACGUUUUUACAUACAAUUGUAUUAUAAAACGACUAUGUAAGAAUGAACUUGUGGAAGAAGCUUAUCAAUUGUUGGAUGAAAUGAUUUCAAGAGGAGUUAAACCAGAUAUUUGGAGCUAUAAUGCAAUACAAGCUUACCAUUGUGAUCAUUGUGAGGUCAAUAGGGCCCUGAGGUUAAUGUUUAGAAUGGAAAAAGAUAAAUGUCUUCCUGAUCGCCAUACAUAUAACAUGGUCCUCAAAUUGUUGAUCAGGAUAGGGAGGUUUGAUAGGGUAGCUGAAGUUUGGGAGAACAUGGUGGACACAAAUUUUUUUCCAUCUGUCUCAACAUAUUCUGUCUUGAUUCAUGGUUUUUGUAAGAAGAAAGGAAAACUAGAGGAGGCAUGUAAGUAUUUUGAAAUGAUGAUUGAUGAAGGAAUACCACCUUAUGUUACUACUGUUGAGCUACUGAGGAAUCGACUCUUGGGUUUAGGGCUUUUAGAUCACAUUGGAAUACUGGUUGAUAAAAUGAGGCAGAGCACUUCCCAUGCAAUUCAAGAAUUGGCAAAUGUUAUGAUUGGUAAUAGAGCAGCUCAUAAUACUUUGAGAUGUGAUGAGACAGAUAUAGAAAGUGACUGAGGAAGACAAAAUAGUAAAGGAGAGAUGGAGGAAGUGUGAUGAUGGAGGGAGCAACGCCCAAGUUUGUUUGACAUUCUCUUUAAAAAAUGUUAGACAUUCGUUUGUCUUUUGUAAUGUCAAAAUAUCACCUCUCUUGUAUAAAUAAUGAAUGGUGGUUUGGUCUGUUGCUAUGAAAUAAAUGAUUUUGAUUUUUUUUCA